UUUUCCUGUGGUCUAAGCAUGUAUAUAAUCACACCAUAUCACACAUUUUCUCAUCACCAUUUCCCUUUCAUCUUCUAGCUAGCAUAGCUUCUCUCAGAGGUUUUUGAAACCCCUUUUGCCAUUCUUCUCUCACUUAGUAUACUUAGUCUUCUCUAAUCAAUUCAUAAGCAAAUAUGAACAGGCCAGGAGACUGGAACUGCAGGUCAUGCCAACACCUCAAUUUCCAGAGGCGUGACUCUUGCCAACGUUGUGGGGACCCCAGGUCCGCAGGUGAUUUUGGGGGUUUCGGUGGGCGGGGUGGCUCAUCACUUGGGUUCACCGGGUCGGAUGUUCGUCCCGGUGAUUGGUACUGCACUGCCGGAAACUGCGGGGCCCACAACUUUGCUAGCCGUUCUAGUUGCUUCAAAUGUGGAGUGUACAAGGAAAUGGACUCCGCCGGGGGCUUCGAUUCUGAUUUUGCUCGAACUAGAGGGUUUGGUGGGAGCACUGGAGGUGGCAAUCGAUCUGGAUGGAAAUCCGGAGACUGGAUUUGCACUAGGUGGGGAUGCAACGAACAUAACUUUGCUAGCAGAAUGGAGUGCUUCAAGUGCAAUGCCCCAAGAGAUCUUAGCAACAGAACUUCAUACUAGAUACAAUUUCUCCAUUUCCUGGGACUGCACCAGCCAAGAACAAAGACAACAUGAUUAAAAAAUAUAUAUCACUACUUUUCAUUUUCUUCUUGAUUUCUUUUUGUAUUAGCUAGCUAGGGUCUUGAGGCGAGACAUGGUUUAAGAACCAUGUUUACUGCUUUGAGCUAUAUAUAACCCUUGGCAUUUUGUCAGGCUUCCUGUAGGAAGUAUAUCGUUGUCUUUGUGGGCUUUUGAUCUAUUAUAUUCAUUAUUGUAACCAAGGGAGCAAAAAGAAGAGGAAAAAUCUACUGCCAAUUUCCCUUUUGUUUUAGAGACUACUUUCUUUAUUGUAUUGUGCAUGGUUUUCUUAAAAGAAGAUGAUUCUCCUACAUA